GAACGCUUUACACUUUCGAAAAGGUUUGGUCCUUCAUCAGACUGGGGACCAACGAGACCUGCAACUAGGUCACCAUGACAGACAAUCCGACGAUAACGUAUGGCGUCAAAGAUGGGGAAACCGUGUAUCUCGUGAACCAGAGCACCAACACUUGCUUGGCUGUCACGAGCGGAUCAAGCCCUGAUGACGCCGUGGUCGGCAUGGCCCCGUAUGAUGGGAGCCAGGGACAGCAGUGGACUAGGUCUGGGGACCAGUGGCUAUGGGGAGGAAACUCCUCAUACUGUCUGGAGCCGAUUUCUGGCACAAACAAAGUAGGUCUAGGCAACACUAGCAAUUCAUCCGCUUCCUGGGUCUAUGAUGAGUCUGAGAGAAUAUUGUUGGGGUCAUAUGCUCUGGAUGUACCAUGGACAGAGCCAAGGACACAAGUCACAUUGUAUCCUAUGCAUGAUGGCCUUAACCAGAAAUGGUGGUUUGAGUCUCUGGAAACCAAAGAACCAGAAUAUCUCAUCAGUCAGAGUACCACUACGUGUCUCGCAGUACGUCGUGGUUCUAUGCCAAGUGAUGCUGAAGUUGGACUCCUGAAGUGUAGUGGAAGUAAGGAAGAGGGCUGGUUCCCCUUCGGCGGCUCAUGGCAGUGGGCAGGGAACCGCUCUUACUGCCUUGGUCCAGAUUACAGCACUCGGGAUGUGAAACUAGAAGAUAGUAGUAAUUCGACUGCAAUUUGGACCUGGGACGAAUAUGAGAGAUUCAGGAUUGGCUCAUAUGCUCUUGAUGUUCCCUGGGAAGAACCAAGAACAAAAGUUUGGUUGUAUCCUCCUCACGAUGGACUCAAUCAAAAGUGGUGGAAAUUCUCGGAAUUGAAAACAAUUCCAGAAGGAGCUCCACCGGCAGUCUACCCAUUCCCUGGUAGUGAUGAGACAACAUACAAGCAGGAAAUAGCUAGAGGAAUAAUAAAUGAUAUGAGUUCAAAGUCUGAUCCUCUUCCAUACCCUCGAGAUGUGGCUACCUUUCCUGGAACAGUUGAUGCUAGCACACCAAGAAUUACAAAGAAGGUGACUCUAGAUCUAUCUGUACUUGGACAAGACAGAGAUUUCCGAAUGACAGUUCCCAAAGACUGGCAGCUCACGGAGCUGUACCUAGCAGCGGGAGACGUGUGUCAGGUUAUUCUGCCUGAAACUUUAUCAGAGGCACAAGCACUGCAGAUCACUGUUCGCAUUGGUGCACAAACUGACUGGCUUCAACCAAAGUCUUCUAAUGUCAUCAAUGGACAGUACAAACGCAUGCCCAUAGUGUCUGAGACAUUCGAUGUCAAGCCAGGUUUGACUGAGAUCAGGAGUCAGUAUGGAGGCAACAUCAUAUUUAUGUUCAGUGAAGGGGAACAUUUCACAGUUGAUGUUGAUGUCACGAACGUGGUCGAAGCGCCAUACUAUCGCUAUGGACAGACAUCGAAUGCAGAAUGGGAAACUAUCAAAAUGAGAGAUGCUCCACAGACUCUAAUGGAAUCAGAUAAAUGUGUGGUUGCUGUUGCCACAAAGGAUGCAAGAAAAGUAACCAAUCCUGACGAACUGAUGUCUCGUUAUGAGGAAAUUAUGGGAAUGCUAAAUUAUGCUGCAGGUUUUGAUGAGUCUGAAGCUCCACCACGCGGUAAACAAUGGCUGGUGAAUGAUACUCAGAUUACAGUUGGAGGAGCCCACGCUGGAUUUCCACUUAUGUUUUGGCGUUUGUAUUUUAACAUGGCUGAUAAUCGCACUCCCUAUGACUGGGUAAGUUGGCAUGAACUUGGACACAACUACCAGCAGUGGCAAUAUUGGUCAUAUGCUUAUGGUAGCGAAUCAACAGUCAACUUAUUUUCACUGUACAUUCAGGAGCAACUGUUUGAUAGUGACAGAUUGGAAGAGCAGAAUACUUACGUCACAGCAGCUGAUAAAGUGGACAAUGGAAUGACUUUUGACGAGGGAGACGUGUGGGAUCAGUUGGUGUUCCUGAUGGAGAUCAAGCAUGCCUUCCCAUUAGGGUGGGAAAUGUUCCGUCAACUCAACCGUACAACUCGAGCUCUUUCUGACGACGAAGCCAACUAUUUGGCACAAGAUCGUCAACGGCAGAUCGACCAUGUGUACAAGAACCUCAGCAAGAGCGUGGGUUACGACCUAGUCCUUACCUACGAGCGCUGGGGUCUGAGCCUAAGCCAGGAAGCCAAGGACGAAAUAGAGCAACUGGGUCUGGAGAAGGCGCCGGGAGACCUCUCUCACCGAGCCGCGGGAAAGCCGUCUCAAGUAACAGAUGUGUCCGACGCUCAGAUGUAUACACCAUGUGUUAUCCUUCAGAGGAAGGUGUAAGGGAAAAGGCUUUCUAAAGCUUUAAAGAUCCAAAGUUGAUAGUUCGAAGACUGAUGGUAGGACGAUAAGAAAAGAGGAAUUUCAUUUUCAUUUUCGGGAAGUAUUUUGAUUUCAAAAGGAGUGUAAUUAGAUUUUCUUGUUUACACUGAAGCCUCUGCAAUUAUUGUGAACAUGUUAAGCAUUUGAGACUGCAUUUCAUUUUGAUAGUUGCUAAACAAUAUGAUAAUGCACGAUUUUAUUAUAUGUAUUUGGGAAUAUAUAUCUAUAUCUAUCUAUCUAUCUAUCUAUCUAUCUAUCUAUCUAUCUAUCUAUAUAUAUAUAUAUAUAUAUAUUAAUGGUAUAAACUUAGUGAUUACAUUGCUGUAUGAUAGUAAUUGGAUGAUCAGAUUCCUGAUAUGCAUCACACCUUUGUAGUAUUAAUGAUUAAUAACUAACUUCAUUUAAGUGAUUCCAAUAAAAAUUAUGACGUG